AGGAGGUUGUGUCAUUCACACGCGGUGCGCAGAGGAAGGUGCGCGCCUUAACUGUUCGCCACACGUGUAUUCUCCUUAGUCUUCCCUCCAGUCCGUAGUGAACCGACGGUCAGUAGUGAGGCUCAGCACACAGCAGAGGAACCUUCACCGCUCAUCUGCUAUAACUUAUAUCAUAACUUAUCUACUGUAACUCAUCACCAUGAACGGCAUGGACGAAGAGACGAUGGCGCCACAGAACUUCCUCUACGGGUGCAAACUGGAGGCUGGGAAGGACAUCACGUUCAACCCCGAAGACGACGACUUCGAGCAUCAGCUAGAUUUGAGAAUGGCCUGCGUCGACGCCACCACCAAAGACGUGCUGCACGUGGUGGAGGUCGAAGGUCAGGACGAGGAGGGUCAGAAGGUCACAGCGGUGCUGGCAUCUCUCAAACCCUCCACCCUUCCCAGCGUGUGUCUCGGCGGCUUCACCAUCACACCUCCAGCUGUGUUCCGUCUCAAGGCGGGCACCGGCCCCAUCCACAUCAGUGGCCAGCACCUCGUCAUAAUGGAAGGUGAGCAGUCAUUUGACGAAGGGGAGGAGGAGGAAGACGAGGAAGAGGAGGAAGAGGUCCCAAUAUCAAAGAAAAGACCGGCCGCAUCACCGGCGGGCAAGAACCAGAAGAAACAAAAGAAGGAAGUCGAGGAGGAGGAAGAAGAUGAGGAUGAUGAUGAGGACGACGAAGAUGAAGACGACGAAGACGACGUGGAAGACUCUCCAGUUCCGGUGAAGGCCAAGCCUGCGCCCAAAGCUAAGACCCCCGCACAGAACGGCAAGGGUGCCAAAUCCACCACACCCGUCAAGAACUCGCCCAAGACGCCCACCAAGACUCCCACCAAGAGCCCCAAGACCCCCAAGAAGACCCCCACCUUCGAAGAGGCCAAGCUGCAUAUCCUGGCGUCCAUCAAGAAGGGCCAGCCCCUCCCCAAGCUCCAGCCCAAGUUUGAGAACCUGGUGAAAAACGCGUACAAAAUUUCGGACGCCAAGGUCCUUGAAGAUCUCUGGAAGUGGAAACAGUCAUUGACAGAGUAAAGCACCAACCCCCCCACCCCACCCCCACGUUGUUUCAAACCUGAGGUGACCGGUGUCCCCACACCGCUGACCCCUCAGACGUCCGGCCGCGACGCCGCCUCUCCAACGCGGGCGCGAGGCGUGAUUGGCAUUUCUGUAAAUAAAAAAACUGUUCUAUCUUUAAAUGGCUCCUGAACUAUGAAGGCGGACUCCAGUGCCUUGUUCCGUUUGUUUUUAAUUAACUGUUGAAUAAAUUGACGAGGUCCACAUGCACAGUCGCCCUUGUCUUCAGUAAGAAGUUGGAGGUUCGAGACUCACCGGUUUCAACCCGUUACAUCAGCUUCUUUUACGCUCAAAGAUGGACUAAUCUGUUGUACAGCACAGUCAAAGUUUGCGGUACCAAACGUAGUUGUAAAGCAUUUUGUUAGUCGCUCAAAUGAUGAUGGUUACUUCCUGUUCAAACCCUUGGGCAGAAACAUCUAGUGCCCUGGCUUUGGUACCAUUUGUUAUCUGAAGUCUGUUUUGAUCGAUUGUGAUUCGUGCCCUGAGAGCUUAACGAGGCAGGUUCUAUUUUCCGUCCCAAGUUAAUCAAUGGCGAAUAUUCAUGAAGCGCUUAAAUUGUACUUUAAGAAUUAAGUUGCUUAAAUUUUAAAGUCUGCCGUGACAUCUGCAUGACGCCGUUUGAACCCAAACCAUUCCACGCUUUGAUUUGUUAUUUUGCUGCAACGUUUAUUUGAAAUCAGCAAUGAGAUUAGUUCUUCACAUGUAUGUAAUUAGACUGUUUUGCAAUGGAUCUUGUAUAGCGAAGAUUUUUGGAACCUCGUUUGUUACCUGACAUGCAGCUGUCCACUUAAUACAUAAAGACUUCAAGAUCUA